GUUUUCUUAUUUCAAGACGGACUGACUCUUUAUGCCUUGUUUCAGCAUCGACGGCGUUGAUUUGUUUUUCUCUCUGAUGUUCGGCCUCGGCUUUUACACUUUUCGUCGCAAAUCCCCUUUUGGCCCCCUUUUGCCGCAACGAUGUCAUCAGUUGCCAGAACAAUGAAUGUAAUACAAUACUUUGCACAUUUCUAGGCUCGUUCUUUUUCCUUCUUUCGAAAUACACCUUCUUUUGGUUCUCGUGCACAUAGUGUGCAAAAAAAGGAGAGAAAAAAAAAACGUAAAAAUGAUGCACCCAAUCGACCGCAUCUGGACAGUUGUCCUAUUCGUCGUCCUCUCGGCGAUCGACAUCGCCUUCAACGCCGCAGCCGGCCCCGCAGCGGUCGCCGCCGGGGCACACGUCGAAGGCAAACCCGUGACGGCAGAAGCCCUCGGCCUCGGCGCACAGGCGGGAGCCACCAAGGCAGGAAUCUUGGCAUUUCUCGGGUUUCUGGGAUUGGCAAACCUGACCAGCGUCGCGGCGACGAUGCUGAUGAUCAUCAUGGCGACGAUAUUUGGCAUAUGCGUCCUCGUGACAGCGCAGGUGUCGUAUGCGCUUAUAGGAGACAGUGAGUAAAGUAGAUUGAAGGGUUAAAAGUCUUUUUUUUCAAGCUUUCUGGGGAAGAAAGCAUGCUAAUGAUUUACCUUCUUUUGCGAGUCAAACAGCUCCCACGGAGCUUCUCAGAGCUGCACUAGUGGCUGCGCUGCCACUGCAGUUGCCGGAGGGUUAUGGGAUGUAUUUUGCUGUCAACAGGUACAGAAAAGAAGACAAAUUCAGCGGCGAGUCAACCAACACCUUCCACUACUCAAGAACGUUGAUCUUGUGGAUCACAACGGUGGCAUGGGAUGCGCUGGGAGGGGUUGCUUUUGCAGCAAUGGCACAAAACUUAGGUAAAGACUUUCUCUCUCUGUCUCUAUUAUUCUUCUAAUAACUCCACGGAUAUGUCAAUUAUGUUGUUAACAUUUUUUUUGAUUCGUCGCGUCUCUCUUCCAAAAGGCUACCCUGUAUGUAAGUUGGGAACAGCAGCUGCGGCUGGUGCUGUGUACGGCGUUUUUUCGGGGUUGUCCAAGAUGAUAGCGUAUAUCGCAUGGGGCUUGUAUUAUCGAAACAAGUGAAUUUAUACACGAUAAAGUAGUUUUAAGCUUAUGGACAUUGAAUAGGAAUGCAGAUCAUGGAGUAGCUUUGAACAUGGGGUUGGUUAGCUUUGGUGCCGUGGGCUACCUACCUACUGUACUUAUCUACCUAGAUACCU